CCGGUGUUGGAACCACCUCUCGGUGCUGUGUUUGCCGCCCUCCCUACUCCCGGGCUGCCCCCCCCCGGGGGGGGCCCGCAGGGAUCUCCAACUCCCGCUUCCCCCCCGCUUCCCCCGCGCUGCCCCCCGCAUCCCUCCGCACCCCCCCUGCUUCCCCUCCAUUUCCCCCUCGCAUUCCCACGCUUCUCCUUCAUUUCCGCCCCCGCUUGCCCCCCGCUUCUCCUUCAUUUCCCCCCCUUCAUUCCCUUUCAUCCUCCCCACAUCCCCCCCGUUUCCCCCCCGCAUCCUCCCCCUUCCCCCCCCGCAUCCCCUCCCGCUUCCCCUCCAGCUUCCCCCCCCCUGCUUCCCGGUAGCCCAGGCCGGGCGGGGCGGUUCUGCGGUGGGUUGGGCGAGGGGAGGGUUCGGGCGGCGCGGGUCCGGCGGUGCGGGCCAUCCCGCUGCCGCCCCGUUGGGUUUGGGUUGGCGGAGGCCUUUCCCGGCCCGGCAGGGCUUUGCCCGAACCCGGAGGUGGUUGCCGGGGCCGGGCCGGGUUGGGCCGCGGAGCCGCCGCCGCCGCCAUGAAGCCGAGCGGAGAGGAACCGGUGCUGCUGGCGGAGCUGAAGCCGGGCCGGCCCCAGAGGUACGAUUGGAAAUCCAGCUGUGAGACCUGGAGCGUGGCCUUCUCCCCGGACGGUGCCUGGUUCGCCUGGUCCCAGGGACACUGCGUGGUCAAACUCAUCCCCUGGCCCCUGGAGGAGACCGAGCUCUGCAAAGCUUCGGAGCGCAAGAGCUGGGGAGGUAAAGGGGAGGUGAGGAGCCGAGGGGCGGCCAAGGAGAAGACUUUGGAAUGUGGUCAGAUUGUCUGGGGCUUAGCCUUCAGUGCCUGUCCUGGGGGGGAUACGGAGCCCACCUGUGCCUGGGGACUGCCCUGCCUGGUCCUGGCCACCGGCCUCAACGAUGGGCGCAUCAAGGUCUGGGAAGUGCAGACAGGACACCUUCUUUUCAGCCUCAUGGGGCACCAGGAUGUCGUCAGAGACCUGAGCUUUGCUCCCAAUGGAAGCCUUAUCCUGGUGUCAGCCUCUCGGGACAAGACCUUACGUGUGUGGGACCUGAGCAGAGAUGGGCGCCAGGUCCAGGUGCUGUCAGGCCACGUGCAGUGGGUCUACUGCUGCUCCAUCUCCCCAGACUGCAGCAUGCUCUGCUCUGUGUCCGGAGAGAAGUCGGCACUGCUGUGGAGCAUGAGGUCCUACACCCUCAUCCGCAGGCUGGAGGGCCACCAGAGCAGCGUGGUGUCCUGUGACUUCUCCCCAGACUCAGCACUCCUGGUCACUGCCUCCUAUGACACCUGUGUCAUCAUGUGGGACCCCUACACCGGGGAGCAGCUGAGGACACUGCGCCACGUUCCCCUGCACUCGGCGCUGGACUACAGCAGUGAGAUCCACAGCAGCUCCCUGCGUUCUGUCUGCUUCUCCCCUGAGGGGCUCUACCUGGCCACUGUGGCAGAUGACAGGCUCCUGAGGAUCUGGGCGUUGGAGCUGCGGUCUCCAGUGGCCUUUGCUCCCAUGACCAAUGGCCUGUGCUGCAUGUACUUCCCACAUGGAGGUUUCAUUGCCACAGGGACCAGAGAUGGCCACGUCCAGUUCUGGACAGCACCAAGGGUCCUCUCCUCACUAAAGCACUUGUGUCGUAAAGCUCUGCGCACCUUCCUCACCACCUACCAGGUCCUGGCACUCCCCAUUCCCAAGAAAUUGAAGGAAUUCCUCACCUAUCGGACCUUUUAAAAUGUGGAAGCAGAGGCACGGAGGUGAGAGCCCCCUGCCUGGCAGCAGGGCUUGGCUUGGGAUGGAGAAGCCCCAGCAGCAACAAGGUCCUGCUGAUUCCUGGGCUGUGGAAGCAGGAGGAUUGCUACUCCCCUCAUUUCGGGGCUGUGUCUGGGGUUGUGGAGGUUUUGGUUUUUCCCAUGUAAUAAUAACCAGAACCCAGCAAAAAUGCAUGCAGAGGGCAAGGGGCAGGGCUGUGAUGACCACGCAGGGUUCUCCCUGUCCCCCCUGCUGUCUCUGCAUGUUUUGGGUCUGGUGCUUUUUGCUUCCAAGUGCAAUGUUUGGGUUGAAGGUUGGCAGUCCCACUCCUGAGUGGGGCUUUUGGCUUUCAGACCCAGUUGGGCCUCCAAGUGUCCCCAACCAAACCCACCCUCAGCAGGGCUGUAGCUUAGUUCCCAGAGGAGUGUGGGCUCUGCUGCUGUCCCUGGUUGGGACAAACCUGACCAGGUCUCUGUGGACUAGACAACAGCCAUGACAGAAUAAAAGAUUUUAUUCCUCAA